AUGACCCAACGGUCCUCUGUCACCAUCAAGUCAGGGGGCACUCGAAACUUCAGUGCUUCCUCAGCAAGCCUCCUCCCGGGUUGCCGUCCCAGCUUUAGCUCUUUCUCCGUGUCCCAGGGCGGGAAGAGCUUCGGGGGCGGCUUUGGAGGCGGCUUCGGCACCAGGAGCCUCCACAGCCUUGGGGGUAGCAAGAGAAUCUCCGUCAGUGGGAGCUACCGCUCCAGCCGGGCCGGCUUUGGAGGUGCUGGCUAUGGGCUAGGGGGUAUGGGGUACAGAGUGGGGGGAGCCUGCAGUGCGUUCGGAUUUGGAGGUGGGAUGAUGUCUGGUGCUGGGGGCAUCCAGGAGGUCACCGUCAACCAGAGCCUCCUGACUCCCCUCCACUUGGAGAUCGACCCCUCCCUCCAGCGGGUACGGAAGGAGGAGCGGGAGCAGAUCAAGACCCUCAACAACAAGUUCGCCUCCUUCAUCGACAAGGUGCGGUUCCUGGAGCAGCAGAACAAGGUCCUGGAGACCAAAUGGAGCCUCCUGCAGGAGCAUAAAACCACCAGGGCCAACAUCGAGCCCAUGUUCGAGGCCUACAUCAGCAACCUGAAGCGGCAGCUGGAAGGGCUGGGCGGAGAGCGGGGGAGGCUGGAGACGGAGCUGAAGAGCAUGCAGGACGUGGUGGAGGACUUCAAGAACAAGUACGAAGAAGAAAUCAACAGGCGCACGGCAGCUGAGAACGAGUUUGUGGUGCUCAAGAAGGACGUGGAUGCCGCCUACAUGAACAAGGUGGAGCUGGAGGCCAAGGUGGACGCCCUAAUGGACGAGAUCAACUUCCUGAGAACUUUCUAUGAAGCGGAGCUGGCUCAGCUUCAGGCCCAGAUCUCCGAGACCUCCGUGGUCCUCUCCAUGGACAACAACCGCAAGCUGGACCUGGACAGCAUCAUCGCCGAGGUCAAGGCCCAGUACGAGGACAUCGCCAACCGCAGCCGGGCCGAGGCCGAGUCCUGGUACCAGAUCAAGUACGAGGAGCUGCAGCGGUCUGCUGGCCGGCACGGGGACGAUCUCCGCACCACCAAGAUGGAGAUCUCCGAGCUGAACCGGAUGAUGCAGAGGCUGCGCUCUGAGAUCGACAACCUGAAGAAGCAGUGUGCCACGCUCCAGGCCGCCAUCACGGAUGCUGAGCAGCGUGGGGAGCUGGCCCUCAAGGACGCCAAGCACAAACUGACCGAGCUGGAGGACGCCCUGCAGAAGGCCAAGCAGGACAUGGCGCGGCAGCUGCGCGAGUACCAGGAGCUCAUGAACGUCAAGCUGGCCCUGGACAUCGAGAUCGCCACCUACCGCAAGCUGCUGGAGGGCGAGGAGUGCCGACUCACUGGAGAAGGUGUCGGACCCGUGAACAUCUCUGUGGUCUCCUCCUCCGGGGGCUCAGGCUACAGUGGGGGUGGCUACAGCAGUGGCUUCAGCUAUGGCGGCAGCAGUGGGGGCUUCAGCUCCACCAGCGGCCGCAGCGUGGGCGGCACCUCCAGCGUGCGCAUCAUCUCCAAGACUUCAUCCACCAAGAAGAGUUACAGGAGCUAAAGGGCCCCGCCUGCCUCCGCUGCCUCCCCGCAAGCCCCAAUUCCCAGCCCUAAGGCCUGCCGCUUUGCUGACAGCCCAUGCACAAAUCAGUAGCAGGAGGCACGGGAGCGGGUAGGUGGCCUGUGAGUUCUAAGGUCACCUUGUCCAUCCAUCUGCCUCCAGACAGGUCCCCACAAAGGUACCCCCACUCGUUCCUCAUCCCAGGCUCUCCAGGGUCCACAGGCAUCCAUUCCAACUAAUGCUGACUCAGCUGCUCUGUGCCAAGGCGUGGGUAGGACUGUGCCCUUCCAGAGCAAGGGUCUUCCUCCUCCUGUCCGACUCCGAUCCACUGCAACCACAGUGCUUCACAGGGGGCGCUUAGAAUUGACCUGGUGCCCCUAAAGAAGUUGAUGCAGUCUAGGCCACAGUCCCCACGUGUGUGGUUUCCCACUGCAGACAGAACACUUUCCUGCAGGCCCCUCAGGCCAGGGAAUCUUGCAAGCCCUGCCCACAUAUUGCCUCCUCACCAACUUCCUUGUGCCCGCCCAGGCCCCCAGCCGCUUCCCCUGACAACUCCCACCAGCAGAAUAUUUGAAUGAGAAAUCAGCACCCUUCAAAAUAUUACCAACUCGAUUGUUCAAACUAGAAGGGAAUAAUUUUACCAAGAACCCAAAAGUUCUCCACGGCCUGGGGCUAUAUUAGAUGAUAGUUCAUAGCCAAAUUCCUUCCAAAUCUGCCUCUUUUAAGCCAAUAUUAGAAUUACCAUCCCAAACUGAAAUCCUGAUGAGGAGGAGAGGGAGGCAGGCCCACGUGAGGGUGUGGGGAAGGCAGCUCAGCACCAGACGCCUGCAAUAGACGCACCAGGAAAAGAACCCCAAUUAGCCUGUGUUAGGACUGCCCUGGGAGAGUCCUCCUGCAAAAUAACCCUCUAGGCUCAGGACUUGCUCUCUUUCCUCUGUGCCAGCCACAUCUCCCUUCUGGAAAGUUUUCUUUCCUCUCAACCUUCUCGUCCACCCUCCCUCCUUCUUCUCUUCAUCCUCCACCACCCUGUCUCCUCUCUUAAUCCCUCUCCUCACCUUUAUCUCUCCCUUUUCUUCCUCUCCCACUCAUCCGUUUGGCAAUAUUAUUUCCUGCUCUCUCUCCUGACUUUUCUUUCUCCAUCUCCCUGUCUCUAAAAUGUCUACAAUGUGGAUUUGCCCGUCCCCAGCCCUAGCCAGAACCGAAACUCUUGAAUGCAGUCCACCAGAUUCCCUGCCCCACGGGGAAGGCUCAAGAGAGCCAACUCGGAAGAGGGGUGCUGUCCAUUCCUCACGCUGAGGGGGUGCGUUACUCAGCCCCUUGAAGGAAGCAGAGGUGGGAGGGUGUUGGACUAGAGAGUGGGUUAGGCGGGAGAUCUUUUGGAGGCUGGCCUUCACAGGGUGGUUUCCCUACUUAGUUUGAAGGAUUGUAAACCCUCAAAACACCUGCCAGGCAUUCAAGACCAAAAUGCAUUCCCAAGGCAAGUAGAGACUGGCUGCUGUGCUGCAGACAGGAAGUUCACUGCUCCAGAAAAAUGUCACUCCCCCUCUGAUCCUUUCAAACCCUUCUGAACUGCCCGCUCCCUGUGCCUGCCUGUUUCCUGACAUAGCUUCAAUAAAAUGUCACCGAGCUCUCUA